AAUCAAACAGGCUCUGAGUCAUACCUGCCUGUCCCCUACCGAGACCGUAGAAUGUCAUGCAAAUUAGUUCUGCCCAUUGCUCCCAGGAAAAAGGAAUUGAAAAUCUCUCACAGUGUAAAACAGCACAGUUCAAGUUGGAGAAGGACUUCCCAGAAAUUCAGAGAGAAGGCAGGCUUAGUUCUCCACAUGCGUAGGUAAGCCUUGAUAAAAGUCCUUGCAGACGGAUAGAAAAAGAUGGAAAGAUGUGGAUGAGUGGAUUAUUGGGGCAGGGCAUCAGGCUCAGCCCUUCCCAGAAUGGCGCCAUUGCUUGUUCUAAAUCCAUAAUCUCACACAUCUGUGCUGUUGUACAUUUAAUGUUGACUGUUACUUCAACAAGGUAUCAUUAAUCACCUACUUUGUUCCUGGAACAAACUGAAGGAAGCCACAAAGCAUAAAACACACUCCUGACUUACUUCCGCGAUCGCCGGCGUUCCGGAGCCCAGACGCAGCCUCUGCGUCGCCCGGCACCUUCUGUUCGGUCAGCGGCGUGAGGGUCUCGCCGCAGCGUGUAGUCCGUGCGGCUCGGCCGGUUGUGAGCCCGUGUGUUCUCCGGACCGGCCGGCCGGCACAGCUCCAGCCCGUAUCCCCCGGCUGGUCCGGGGGGUCCGGGCACCGCCUCGACGGCGGCGCCGCCGGACGCGCGGGCUGCACCGCAGCCCGCACCCCGAGCGGAAGACGUCAUGAGGCACCUGCCGUACUUCUGCCGCGGCCAAGUGGUGCGGGGCUUCGGUCGCGGCUCCAAGCAGCCGGGCAUCCCUACAGCUAAGUUUCCUGAACAAGUAGUAGAUAAUAUUCCAGCUGAUGUAUCCACUGGCAUUUAUCAUGGUUGGGCCGGUGUUGGAAGUGGAGUCGUCCGUAAGACGGUGGUGAGCAUAGGAUGGAACCCAUACUACAACAAUACAAAAAAGUCCAGGGAAACUCAUAUCAUGCAUACUUUCAAAGAGGACUUCUAUGGGGAAAUUCUUAAUGUGGCCAUUGUUGGCCACCUCAGACCAGAAGAGAACUUUGAUUCUUUAGAGUCACUUAUUUCAGCAAUUCAAGGUGAUAUUGAGGAAGCCAAGAAACGACUAGAGUUACCAGAACAUUUGAAACUCAAAGAAGACAAUUUCUUCCCGGUUCCUAAAAGCAAAAUAAUGAAUGGCCACUGAUGGAAAAGCAUUUUAUUUAUUCAUUCACUGUUCUCUAAUAUUUUACUGCUCAUAAGUCUACAGUCUCAUCUUGGUUGUAUUUUAAAAAUCAAACAUUUUCCUACAGCUGUGAAUUAGUUUAAACAGUUUAAUGUUACCAUAUUAUGUUCCAACUGUUCAAUUAAACCCAUCAUGUUACAGUACUAAAAAGGUUCAUUUUAAAAAUCAAGAUUCUAUUUUAUAUAUGUUGAUUAAAAUGUACCACUAGAAAGGUCUUAAGUGUUUUAUAAUGGAAAAGAAAUAUAUAUAAAUAUGGGUAACAGGCAAGUCAUUAGUUUGAGAUGAGAACUAUAAUUCUCAUGGUAAAAUUCUAGCAUGCAUGUACCUGCAUAGCAUGCUUUACUAAUCAGAAGGCUUAUAAAAGCAACUAUAUUAAGCAGAAGUUUGACAGUUUAUUACAAACCUAAGGGGAAAAAUCCAGACUUCGUAUUUUUGAUAUUUUGUGCAUUUAUAUAUUAUUAUAGACAUGAAGACUUGCGAAAUUUCAUUUUAAUUAGUCAUUUCCUUUAAGGGCUCAAAUCACUGUACUGUGUUCCAUUUUUGUUACAGCUGCCUCAGUUUUAAUUGGUCUACACUCUGUGCCUAUUAUUUUUUUGUUUUUCUUUUAAAACAGUAAAAUGAGCGUUUUUCGAA